CUGCGCCACGUCGGCUUGCGGCGGCCGCGCCCCCUUAACGGCAGUGGCACUCGCUCGGUUCACGCGGCCUCGGCACCCCGCGCGCGCGCGCGCGCGUCGCUCUCCCGCCCGCUCGCUUCCCGGAGCUCACACCCGCGCUCACUCGCGCACUCCCGCCUGGCCCGAGAACCGCGCCGCCGCCUCGGCCCCGCGGAAGCCCCGCCGCGCCAUGUCUUCGCCUCCCGAAGGGAAACUAGAGACUAAAGCUGGACACCCGCCCGCCGUGAAAGCUGGUGGAAUGCGAAUUGUGCAGAAACAUCCACAUACUGGAGACGCCAAAGAAGAGAAAGACAAGGAUGACCAGGAAUGGGAAAGCCCCAGUCCACCUAAACCCACUGUGUUCAUCUCUGGGGUCAUUGCCCGGGGUGACAAAGAUUUCCCCCCGGCAGCCGCGCAGGUGGCUCACCAGAAGCCACAUGCCUCCAUGGACAAGCAUCCUUCCCCAAGAACCCAGCACAUCCAGCAGCCACGCAAGUGAGCCUGGACCCCACCAGCCUCCCCCGUGGCCCUGGCUCUACUGUACUUGGUAUUUCCCUGACAGAGAAAACCAGCACUGUCUCCCAAAUCCUGCUCUGCUGGGAAAUCUAAGGCAAAACCAAGUGCUUUGUCCUUUGCCUUACAUUUCCAUAUUUAAAACUAGAAACCGCUCCAGCCCAAACCUUGUUUAUGGUGAGUCAGGUUGGAUGUCGUUUGAGGAGGAUUGCGCCCCUAGAGGUGCCAUUAGCAGAAUUUGCCAAAAUCUGAGAAAAACUUUUAGCUUUAGUUCUAUUUCAGCAGUCGCCUGACGUCCUUGUCUGUGGUCUUAAAAACAAGAAGGCACACAUUUGAGAGGAUGAGAUUAAUGUUAGGGGAAAAGCUCAGCCAUUGCAUGCUUUUUAGUAUUGGGACAAUAAAAUCUUAACACCUGUGGGAAAGUAAGAAAUAAGGGAAUGAGUUUGGGCGGCCCCUCAGAAAGAACCUUAGAGGCAGGGAAGAGCAACGCCAAAUUUCCCUCCCUUGUGAGAUGGGGGAUCCUGUGCAGGCUGAUGAGGCACCCAUGAGAAAAGCCAAAAAAGCAGAGCGAGACUCCGUUUCAAAAAGAAAAAAAAAAAAAGCAUGCAUCUUAGAAAUAGCCCCUCAAUUCCAAGAGUCAACAUGCCAAAAAAUGAGGCUGGAGGCAGGUAGCUCCGAGGGAGGACUUCUGGUAUGAGAUCUCGGCAUGGCAAGCCCAACAUCGCCUCAGCCCAGACAGGCUCCACCAGGAGAUCAAGCAAAGCUGGCCUUAAGGAAUCACCUCCUGAGCCACUUCAGAGUUCUGGAAGUGACCACGGACCAGGGUGGAGGAAUAGACUUCUACUUCAUUCUGGGACACUUGAACCAGAGAGUUGAAAGCUUAGAAAGACCAGAUAAGAAACCUGCCCCUUGUCUCCCUAGGGACGUGAGACACCACAUUCCAUUUGUGCUAGAAAAACCUGUCCACCGAUGGGUCUAACUGCUCCAAACGCCUCCCACCCCGUGUGCACAGCUGCCUGGGUCCAUCGUCACUUGGGUGCAUCAGGUUGUCCUCCGAUUUUUAGAUGAAUUUCCUGUCCAGAGAUGUCCUAGUCUGCUCACUGGCUGGUGGCGGUAGAGUACCCUGCAUCUCCGAAAAGCCAGAGGGUUUGCGUCCUCAGACGAAACCCCAGAACAGUGCUUGUGGAGGGCCUGACUGUCCUGCUCACCCACAGCCGAUCUGCUGCAGGUCAGCAACCAUGCCAUGAGCAGCUGCCAACCACCAGCCUUUCUGGUACUGUUCAGUUCACGUCUGCCUGCUGGUGAGGGCAGAGGCAGACCUGGUCAGACCCAGCGCUCGUCCUCCCUGAGGGAGCACAGCACAGCCCCACACUUGAAAGGCAGUGUUUGGUUUCCCAUCUAAUCAACUUAAGGGAAGCCAGCGUGUACCCUUCAAGACCCUGUCGCCACCUAUUUCCUCAUCAGUUUGGUAUAAACUGAGGGUGGCUUUUAGAGACCCAAGCUUGGUCAGCAGCGCUGCCGUGGAACACCCCAGCAAGCACCUCCCAGCCUGCCUUUCGGAGUAGCACCCAGGAGGGGAUGCCACGCUCCAGCAACACCAGGUCAGGCCCGUGCAGACCCCUGCCCCUGCCGUUGCAGAAAUCCAGAAGCAUGCUGAAUGCUUCUCAGUCUUCAGCCGGAGGGAGGGCUGUGAUUCCAGAGGUGUGCUUUUUAUGUACUUUUAGCUAGAUCUGGCAUGUAUCUGUGGGCUUUAGAUCAUUAAAUCCAAACUGUUUGCCUAAAUGAGUUUAUCAGUUGUUAACUUCAAGAAUAUUGAUGAUUUAUAAUAAAGCUCCUGCAUUUCUCUCCA